AUGUCUUCCCUUUUCGAUGCCGUGAUCCAGUCCGAGCUGGGCUCUGCGCCUUCCCGUGAGAACCUCCGAUCCGACAAUCUACCCAGCUCUCGACGCUCGGAGAGCAAUGGCCCUAUGAGUGAUAUGAAUGCCUUCCCAGAUGACCAAGUGGUUGGAGGGGGAAGUUCUACGGCGGCAGAGAAAGUUCAGCAGGCAUUUGAAGAACUGCUCGAGUCAUACAUCGAUGAACCCUCAUCUUCUGCGCCGCCCUCAUCAGGAGAGUUCCUCAGUGACAAAUAUUAUAUCGCUCAAAUCAAGGGGAUGAAGAAAUUUGAGCUGUCAACUCUCUACGUCGAUUUCACACACAUCCUCAAUCCAGUGUUGGCAGAUGCCAUUGCCGGCCAAUACUAUCGAUUCCAGCCAUUUCUCACUAAGGGACUGCACAAUCUCAUCGCGAAGUACGAACCAGAAUACUUUGUCUCCCACCGAAUGACCGCCAGCGCCUCUUCGCGAGCCAGCACCUCCGUUGCCUCAGCCUAUGCGGGCGUUUCAGACAACCCCGACCUCGAGCGUCAGAUUCGUGAGAAGACUCGCCACCAGCAAACUGACAAACUGUUCGCUCUUGCCUUUUACAACUUGCCUUUAGUUUCUAGGUUGCGACAACUUCGGACGAAUCAGAUUGGAAAAUUGCUUUCCGUAUCUGGAACUGUGACAAGGACUUCAGAGGUCAGACCGGAAUUGUCGCUAGGCACUUUUAUCUGUGAAGGUUGCAAGACUGUCGUCCCGAAUGUUGAGCAGACUUUCAAAUAUACAGAGCCAACAGAAUGCCCCAAUAAUACCUGCGGCAACCGCGUGGGAUGGCGCCUGGAUAUCGGAAAGAGUACAUUUGUCGAUUGGCAAAAGGUUAAACUUCAGGAAUCGUCGCACGAAAUUCCGACUGGUAGUAUGCCACGCACAAUGGAUGUCAUCCUGCGUGGUGAGAUGGUUGAUCGCGCGAAGGCUGGUGAACGCUGCGUCUUUACGGGUACUUUGAUUGUCGUUCCUGAUGUCAGUCAAUUGGGUCUUCCCGGUGUGCGCCCUGAAGCCGUCCGCGACAACAAUUCCUUCCGGGGUAAUGAGGUCGGUGGUAGCGGAGUCUCUGGAUUGAAGUCCCUGGGCGUGCGCGAUCUGACUUACCGAUUGGCCUUCCUCUCUUGUAUGGUUACCCCAGACACAACAACUCCUGGCCAAAAGCCGGAGCAACAGCUGAGUGGCCAAUCAAAUAAUAUCUUGGCUUCCUUGAACCAGAAUCAGGAUGAGGAUAUUGGGGAUGAAUCAGCCCAAGAAGCUUUCCUGCAGAGCCUUACUCCGGCUGAAGUUCAAGACCUCAAACGUCUGGUGCACUCUGAUUAUAUCUACUCCCGGCUUGUAGAAUCGAUCGCUCCCAUGAUCUGGGGUCAUCGUCAAAUCAAGAAGGGUAUACUUUUGCAGUUGAUCGGUGGUGUUGGCAAGUCAACAUCAAUUGAGAGCCUAAAACUUCGUGGUGAUAUCAACAUCUGCAUUGUUGGCGAUCCGUCGACCAGUAAGAGCCAGUUCUUGAAAUACGUCUGCUCAUUGCACCCUCGUGCAGUAUACACCAGUGGUAAAGCCUCUUCGGCAGCUGGUUUGACCGCUUCAGUGGUCAAGGAUCCCGAGACAGGCGAGUUCACCAUUGAAGCUGGUGCACUGAUGCUUGCGAACGGUGGUGGUAUUUGUGCAAUUGAUGAGUUUGACAAAAUGGAUAUCGCCGAUCAAGUCGCUAUUCAUGAAGCCAUGGAACAACAGACAAUCUCCAUUGCCAAGGCCGGUAUUCAUACUACUCUCAAUGCCCGCGCAUCCAUCCUCGCUGCUGCAAACCCCGUGAACGGUCGCUACGACCCGAAGCAAACCCUUCGGAACAACUUGAACUUCAGCGCUCCUAUCAUGAGUCGUUUCGAUGUGUUCUUUGUUAUUCGCGACGAUCCAAAGGAGUCUGUUGACCGCACUUUGGCGGAGCACAUUGUCAAUGUUCACAUGAACCGCGACGAAGCCGUUGAGCCCGAGUUGAGCACAGAACAACUGCAGCGCUAUAUCCGGUUCGCACGCACAUUCCGCCCCGUCUUCACUGAGGAGGCGAAGGCAGUGCUGGUCGAGAAAUACAAGGAGCUGCGCUCCAACGAUGCUCAGGGAGGUAUUGGUCGCUCUUCAUACCGUAUCACCGUUCGUCAGCUCGAGUCUUUGAUCCGUUUGUCCGAGGCUGUCGCCAAAGCCAAUUGUGUUGAGGAGAUUGAUCCCAAGUUCGUUAUCGAGGCAUACGAUCUUCUCCGCCAGAGUAUCGUGACUGUUGAGAAAGACGAUGUUGAGAUUGACGAUGAUGAUAUGCCUGCUCACACCAAUCACGCUGAUGACGACCAGGAGAUGGCCGAUGGCGACCACGAGGGCGACAGCCCUAUGCGUGAUGUCGCAGAGCCUGCUCAAGCUCCUGUCCAGCCAGAACGCCAGAAGACCAAGAUCACUUAUGACAAGUACGCCAAGAUCCUGAACCAGAUCGUCAGGCGGGUAAACGAGGACGAGGUGAACUCGGGCGAAGGUGUCGAACAAGAAGAUCUUGUACUUUGGUACUUGGAACAGAUCGAGGGUGAACUUAACACUGCCGAUGAUUACGAGCGUGAGCGUGAUCUAGCAGGCAAGGUUUUGAAACGCAUGGUCAAGGACAAAAUCCUGUUGCGUAUCUCCGGGUCUGGCCUCACGGACGGAACUGACGAUACCCAACAAAAUGACGGAAAGGUCCUUUACGUCAUGCAUCCCGAUUGUGCCUUCGACGAGAUGUGA